AUGUUAAAGCGUGAGUGACAUCCUCUGACCUUUUAUAAAAGAAGCAAAAGUCUAGGGAGCCCGGGUAGAAGUGAGGGCGGCUGGAGGAGCCACAGCGGGCUCAGGGAGUGAGCCCACGCGAGGGUGCAGAGCAACUGGACGCUCCAACAGGGCUGGUGGGAGUGCCGAACGGUGUGCAUCACCUUGGAAAGCAGGCAGUUUUUAAUACCAUGAAGCUCGUCCAGCCUUAUGAUUCACAGUUCCACUCCUAGGUAUCACACUCAAGAGAAGUGAAGACGCCCACGAAGGGCUCUGCAGCAGCACUGUCGGUGAGAGCUGCAGCUGGGGAUGCGUGGAUUGGCCUGUCAUUCCAGCACUUUGGGAGGCCGAGGUGGGAGCAUCGCUGGAGCCCAGGGGUUCGAGACCAGCCUGAGACCUCCAGAGGUGGAGACCCCCCCCCACCUCCACUAAAAACUGAAAAAGAAAUUAGCUGGGUGUGGUGUGCGCCUGUAGUCCCAGCAUUAUCUAUAUGUUAAACUGAUGUUUUAAAUCAGAGUUGAUAUCCAAAUAAUUAAAGAAUAAAUAACAAGCACAGGGACUGGUGAGGGGCUGGGCCAGAUUCCCUGCAACCCAUGUGGCUUCACCCACUUUCCAAACCCCUGGUUCCGUGAGGACCGAGAAUGACCACCCCAGACUAUUCCAGAAACAGCCUGGGGAUUCUGAAUGUUUCCCAGAGAAUCAUUAGGUAUUACCCCAGCGGCGCUGGAGUUAAGUGGCCAACUUAAAGUUGGACGACACUGUCUGAAACAGUCGCGUAAGGGGUCGCCAUUGGGACACUGUGAACCAGGAGUGAGUCGGAGCUGCCGCGCUGCCCAGGCCAUGGACUGUGAGGUCAACAAUGGUUCCGGCCUCAGUGAUGAGUGCAUCACAAACCUACUGGUGUUUGGCUUCCUCCAAAGCUGCUCUGACAACAGCUUCCGCAGAGAGCUGGACGCGUUGGGCCACGAGCUGCCAGUGCUGGCUCCCCAGUGGGAGGGCUACGAUGAGCUGCAGACUGACGGCAACCGCAGCAGCCACUCCCGCUUCGGAAGAAUAGAGGCAGAUUCUGAAAGUCAAGAAGACAUCAUCCGGAACAUUGCCAGGCACCUCGCCCAGGUCGGGGACAGCAUGGACCGUAGCAUCCCUCCAGGCCUGGUGAACGGCCUGGCCCUGCAGCUCAGGAACACCAGCCGGUCGGAGGAGGACCGGAACAGGGACCUGGCCACUGCCCUGGAGCAGCUGCUGCAGGCCUACCCGAGAGACAUUGAGAAGGAGAAGACCAUGCUGGUGCUGGCCCUGCUGCUGGCCAAGAAGGUGGCCAGUCACACGCCGUCCUUGCUCCGUGAUGUCUUUCACACAACGGUGAAUUUUAUUAACCAGAACCUACGCACCUACGUGAGGAGCUUAGCCAGAAACGGGAUGGACUGAACGGACAGUUCCAAAAGUGUGACUGGCUAAAGCUCGAUGUGGUCACAGCUGUGUAGCUGCUUCCAGUGUAGACGGAGCCCUGGCAUGUCAACAGCAUUCCUAGAAAAGACAGGCUGGAAGAUAGCUGUGAUUUCUAUUUUAAAGACAAUGUUUUAAGCUUAUAACCCAUUUUAAAAUAUCUACAUUAAUAUACUUGAAUGAAAAUGUCCAUUUACACGUAUUUGAAUGGCCUUCAUAUCAUCCACACAUGAAUCUGCACAUUUGUAAAUCUACACAUGGUGCCUUUAUUUCCGCUGUGCAGGUUCCCACUUGAAAAUUAAAUUGAAAAGCAGGUUUCAAGGAAGUAGAAACAAAAUACAAUUUUUUUGGUGAAAAAAAUUACUGUUUAUUAAAGUACAACCAUAGGGGAUGGUCUUACAGCAGGCAGUAUCCUGUUUGAGGAAAGCAAGAAUUGGAGAAGGAACAUACCCCUUACAAAUGAAAAAUUCCACUCAAAAUAGGGACUAUCUUAAUACUAAGGAACCAACAAUCUUCCCGUUUAAAAACCAAAUGGCACAGAGACUCUGAACUCAAACGAUGGGAAGUCCGGCCCCAGUACACAGGGGCUUGACUUUUUCAACUUCCUCUCCUUUGUUGGAGUCAAAAAGAACCACUUGUGGUUCUAAAAGGUGUGAAGGUGAUCUAAGGGCCCAAGUCAGCCACUGUUUACAAAAUCAGGUAACUGCAUGCACUUUUUCUCUUUCCGUGACAUCAAGACUUUGCUAAAGACAUUAAGCCGCGGGUGCCAGAAGCUACUGCGAUGCCCCGGGAGUUAGCCCCCUGGUAAUAGCUGUAAACUUCCCAUUUCUAGCCAUACACUCAGCUCAUCCAUGCCUCAGAAGUGCAUCUGCAGAGAACAGGUUUCUAAGCAUAAAAGAUGAAAGAGCAGUUGGACUUUUUAAAAAUUCAGCAAAGUGGUUCCCUCUCUUAGGGAUAGUCAAAACCAAGUCACUUAGGUAGUACCAAAAUAAAUAAGGGAAAGCUUAGCUUUAGAAACAGUGCAGGCCGGGCGCGGUGGCUCACGCUUGUAAUCCCAGCACUUUGGGAGGCCGAGGCGGGCGGAUCACGAGGUCAGGAGAUCGAGACCACGGUGAAACCCCAUCUCUACUAAAAAUACAAAAAACUAGCCGGGCGUGGUGGCAGGCGCCUGUAGUCCCAGCUACUCGGAGAGGCUGAGGCAGGAGAAUGGCGUCAACCCAGGAGGCGGAGCUUGCAGUGAGCUGAGAUUGUGCCACUGCACUCCAGUCUGGGUGACAGAGCGAGACUCCGUCUCAAAAAAAAAAAAAAAGAGUACAACACUGGUCUGCUGUUCCAAUGGUAAGCUAUGUCCUAGGAAUCAGUUUAAAAGCAUGACAGUGGAUGCUGGGUCCAUAUCACACACAUUGCUGUGAACAGGAAACUCCUGUGACCACAACAUGAGGCUACUGGAGACACAUGAGUAAGGGCACUGACGGACUCAUGAUUUCUUCUUGCCAGACACUUUCCUGUUCCCUAAGAGUUUAAAAUCAUCAGAAAAGAAAAACAAACUCUAUAUUGUUCAGCAUGGAAUACAUACCAUGCUAGGGCUGGCUCAAUUGAAAGUGGGCAAAAGGUUACAAAUACUAAAAAGAAGUGCUGCUGUGCAGUGUGAAGGCCACCGUUUGGAAAUAAAUCUUCCUAACACUA